AUGGAUACUGUGCGCUUACCCGACUUUGACAGUCUGCCGAAGGUGAAGGAUAUGCCCCAAGGGUGUGCAUGGGGCAUCUUCGACCAAGGUGGCGAGAAGGACCUCCUCGGGACCCUGAACCUUCUGACGCCAGCCGUCCGAAAGGCCGCCUGCGCCGAGGCACGAGAUGGCGUCUCCAUCUCGCUCAACUGGCCUCUCAACGCCAUGCCGUUCCCGGUGCCUGGGAGGGCGGCACCUACGCACAAGCAGAUGACGCUGAAGGAGUCCGGUCUAUCCGAGGGCACGGGCUGGGACGACGAGCUGCACUUCAACACGCAGAUGAGCAGCCAGUGGGAUAGUCUUGUCCACUGGCAGCACCAGCCGUCCGGGCUGGCUUACAAUGGCAUCGCCGUCACGAAGGAGGCACUAGACGCGCCGACCACGGCGGCUAAUUCGAUGCCGACAUUGGACCACUGGCAUGCUGCUGGCGGGCUCGUCGCACGAGGGGUCUUGAUCGACUUCAAGGCGUGGGCGGAGAAGAAGGCUCGCACUGGGGGCAAGACAGGCGAAGAGGCCGUUUUCCAUCCCCUGGAUGGGCAUCGCAUCACGGUGGAGGAGGUCGAGACGGUGGCGAAGGAUCAGGGAGUCGAGUUCCAGCAUGGCGACGUCCUGAUCGUCCGCACGGGGCUCACUGAGGUGCUGCAGGCUCCGACGCCGGAAGACUUCGCGAAGCUGCAGGAUGGAACGCAGUCGGGCAUGCACGGGGUUGCCGAGUCCGCCAAGUGGCUGUGGAAUAAGCACUUUGCGGCCGUGGCUGGGGACGCUAUUGCAUUCGAGGCCCUCAUGCCGCUCAAGGAGGACGGCACGGUGGGCAGCCCAAAUGACUUGUAUCUGCACCCCUGGCUACUCUCAUUGUUCGGUAUGCCGAUCGGUGAGCUGUGGGACCUCAAAGCGCUGUCGACACACUGCGAGAAGUCGGGACGCUACAGCUUCAUGCUCACAUCUGUACCGUUGAACAUACCCGGCUUGGUUGGCUCGCCGCCGAAUGCCAUGGCAGUCUUUUGA